AUGGCUAAACAAGUUCAAUGGAGUGAAGUUGGCCCUGGUAAAGGCUAUGCUAUUUUGUCACCUGCCUAUGUUGCCUCUAAGUCCAACGAUUUAGUUUUCACUUCAGGUUGUGUGGGGACAGACCCUGUAACAGGAGACCUACCUGAAGAUUUGGAAAAGCAAAUCACGAAUGCGCUUGAAAAUCUUAAGAAUGUUUUAAGAGCCAGUAACUCUUCAAUGGAUAAGGUUUUGAAGAUCUUACUCUUCGUUGCUGAUCCGUCGUAUGCUAAUACUGUUAAUGAAGUUUACGCCAGAUACUUCCCCAAUGCACCCGCUAGAAGUUGUAUUGUUGUUGCAUUUCCAUCUCCAGCCCUUAAGGUUGAGUUGGAAUGUAUUGCAGAAGCAAACUCUUGA